AAUGUCUGACACUUUUGGAUCUUAUCAAAAUUUUACAAUUGUUAAAGCGGUUGUUGAUGCUGGAAAAGAAACAAUCGAAAUUGGCGAAAAAAUUUUGGGGCAAGUGCACGAAGAACUUGGGGAUUUGAUGUAUUUCCAACAAGAAAAUGACAAAUGUUUUUCUGAUUUGGUUAAAAUUUCAAAAACGAUGGAGGGGGAACAACAGAAUUUAACAUCAAAAAGUUUCUUAAUUAAUAGUUGGGACAAAAAACAACAUUUUCAUUUGAUUGCUAAGCUUCAGGAUAAAUUAAAAGGAAUGAAGGAGGUGUUCGAAAAAGAGGAAAAUGAAUAUUUUAAAACUCAAGAAGAGGUCUCAAAUAUGAAAAUUCAAUUAAAUCAAAAACAACAACAAUUGGCAAUUCGAAAGGCGAGCAUUCGAAAGUCUCCAACUCCAAAAAUUACCACUCGAAAGCCUCCAGCUUUAAAACCUGUUACUCGUAGUUCUGUCUCUCCAGCUCCAACUUCUGCCAUUCAAACUCCUACUCCAAGAAUGUCAAAGACUAUGUUUCCGUCACUUUCUACUCCAAAACUUACAAAAUCUAUUUUGAAGCCAACAACCCCAAAACGUAAACGUCAUGCUCCUUCACAAUCUCCACCACCAAAGAAACUGCCAUUAAAGGAAAGAGAUCCGGAUAAGGUUAAGACAAUGGAAACCGACAAUGACAACGAUGCUGAUGACUCAUUCAAUUUUUGGAAUGAUUAAAUUUUGAAGAAAAAUUUUUGUUUGUUAAAAAUGCUCCUUUGACUUUCCGGUUUAUUUUAAUUUAUUUUUUAGGUAAAAGUUGGGUUUAUGUGACCCCGUUUAGCCAUAAAAUUUUAAUUUCUAAAUUGUGUCGGAUUUGGGUCCGGGGUUCUAAAUAAAUUGAAUUUUAACUCAUAUUCGGACCCAGCACACUUAAAAUUACCUACCGAGGGUGUGGGAUUGAGUCAUUAAGGAUUGGCUCUGAGGGGGUGGGGUUGGCGCCAAAACGACCCCACGCCCUAAUGUUAGUCCCUGGGUCUGCGCCAGGGGUGCCUUUCAUCUGUCACCAAAAUUUCGCCUUUUUUGUCUUUCGCUAUCUUUCGCUUUUUAAAAUCACUUUGGCACACUCUCCUGUUUUACCUUCUG